UAUUAUAUUCAGUUGAUAACAGACAAUUGUGAACAGCGUACUUUACAAAUAAAAAUAAAUAAAAAGGAUAUUACCCCAACAGUAAAUUCUUAAAAAAGUGAAUAAUUUUUGUGAUAUAAGUAGACUUUGGAAAAUAUUUAAAAAAAAAUAAAUAAGUGACGUCAUAUAAUAAUAGUUUAUCUAUCUGUGUUAAAAAACAGUUAAAAGACGCUCGAAAAUGCAAAUCUUCGUGAAGACAUUAACUGGCAAGACCAUCACCUUAGAGGUCGAACCAUCUGAUACUAUUGAAAAUGUCAAGGCUAAAAUUCAAGAUAAGGAGGGCAUUCCCCCAGAUCAACAACGUCUAAUUUUUGCCGGUAAACAACUUGAAGACGGACGCACUUUGUCCGAUUACAACAUUCAAAAAGAAUCUACUCUUCAUUUGGUUCUACGUCUUCGUGGUGGUAUGCAAAUCUUUGUCAAGACAUUGACUGGCAAAACCAUCACCUUGGAGGUUGAGCCUUCCGAUACUAUUGAAAAUGUUAAAGCUAAAAUUCAAGACAAGGAAGGAAUCCCUCCAGAUCAACAACGUUUGAUUUUCGCCGGUAAACAAUUGGAAGACGGGCGCACAUUGUCUGAUUACAAUAUACAAAAAGAAUCUACAUUGCAUUUGGUAUUACGUUUGCGUGGUGGCAUGCAAAUAUUCGUUAAAACAUUAACGGGAAAAACAAUUACAUUAGAGGUCGAACCAUCGGAUACCAUAGAAAAUGUUAAAGCUAAAAUCCAAGACAAAGAAGGUAUUCCUCCAGAUCAACAGCGUUUAAUUUUCGCUGGUAAACAAUUGGAAGAUGGACGUACAUUGUCCGAUUACAACAUCCAAAAAGAGUCGACCCUUCACUUGGUCUUACGUCUCCGCGGUGGUAUGCAGAUUUUCGUUAAGACCUUGACAGGAAAAACAAUUACCUUAGAAGUUGAACCAUCCGACACUAUUGAAAAUGUAAAGGCCAAAAUUCAAGAUAAAGAAGGUAUUCCCCCAGAUCAGCAACGUUUAAUCUUCGCUGGUAAACAAUUGGAAGAUGGACGUACAUUGUCCGAUUACAACAUCCAAAAGGAGUCCACCCUUCAUUUAGUCUUACGUCUCCGCGGUGGUAUGCAGAUUUUCGUGAAAACGUUGACUGGAAAAACCAUCACUUUGGAGGUAGAACCAUCAGAUACCAUUGAAAAUGUCAAGGCUAAGAUCCAAGAUAAGGAAGGUAUCCCUCCAGACCAACAACGUUUGAUCUUCGCCGGUAAGCAGUUGGAGGAUGGUCGCACCCUCUCUGAUUACAACAUUCAAAAGGAAUCCACCCUUCAUUUGGUAUUGCGUCUCCGCGGUGGUAUGCAAAUCUUUGUCAAGACCUUGACUGGGAAAACCAUCACCUUGGAGGUUGAACCCUCUGACACUAUUGAAAACGUCAAGGCUAAAAUCCAAGAUAAGGAAGGUAUCCCCCCAGAUCAGCAACGUUUAAUCUUCGCUGGCAAACAAUUGGAGGAUGGCCGUACUCUAUCUGACUACAACAUCCAGAAGGAAUCUACCCUCCAUUUGGUAUUGCGUCUCCGUGGUGGUAUGCAAAUCUUCGUAAAGACAUUGACUGGCAAAACUAUCACCUUGGAAGUGGAGCCUUCCGAUACAAUUGAAAACGUAAAGGCUAAAAUCCAGGAUAAGGAAGGUAUUCCCCCAGAUCAGCAACGUUUAAUCUUCGCUGGUAAACAAUUGGAGGAUGGCCGUACUCUAUCUGACUACAACAUCCAGAAGGAAUCUACCCUCCAUUUGGUAUUGCGUCUCCGUGGUGGUAUGCAAAUCUUCGUAAAGACAUUGACUGGCAAAACUAUCACCUUGGAAGUGGAGCCUUCCGAUACAAUUGAAAACGUAAAGGCUAAAAUCCAGGAUAAGGAAGGUAUUCCCCCAGAUCAGCAACGUUUGAUCUUCGCUGGUAAACAAUUGGAGGAUGGCCGUACUCUAUCUGACUACAACAUCCAGAAGGAAUCUACCCUCCAUUUGGUAUUGCGUCUCCGUGGUGGUAUGCAAAUCUUCGUUAAGACCUUGACUGGCAAAACCAUCACCUUGGAAGUUGAACCAUCUGACACCAUUGAAAACGUCAAGGCUAAAAUCCAAGACAAAGAAGGUAUCCCCCCAGAUCAGCAACGUUUAAUCUUUGCUGGUAAACAAUUGGAAGAUGGACGUACAUUGUCCGAUUACAACAUCCAAAAGGAGUCCACCCUUCAUUUGGUAUUGCGUCUCCGUGGUGGUAUGCAAAUCUUCGUUAAGACCUUGACUGGCAAAACCAUCACCUUGGAAGUUGAACCAUCUGACACCAUUGAAAACGUCAAGGCUAAAAUCCAAGACAAGGAAGGUAUCCCCCCAGAUCAGCAACGUUUAAUCUUCGCUGGUAAGCAAUUGGAAGAUGGACGUACAUUGUCCGAUUACAACAUCCAAAAGGAGUCCACCCUUCAUUUGGUAUUGCGUCUCCGUGGUGGUAUGCAGAUCUUCGUUAAGACCUUAACUGGUAAAACCAUCACCUUGGAGGUUGAACCCUCUGACACCAUUGAAAAUGUUAAGGCUAAGAUCCAAGACAAGGAAGGUAUCCCCCCAGAUCAGCAACGUUUGAUUUUUGCUGGUAAACAAUUGGAGGAUGGUCGUACUUUAUCGGAUUACAACAUCCAAAAGGAAUCUACCCUUCAUUUGGUAUUGCGUCUCCGUGGUGGUAUGCAGAUCUUCGUUAAAACCUUAACUGGCAAAACUAUCACCUUGGAAGUUGAACCAUCUGACACCAUUGAAAACGUCAAGGCUAAGAUUCAAGACAAGGAAGGUAUCCCCCCAGAUCAGCAGCGUUUGAUCUUUGCUGGUAAACAAUUGGAGGAUGGCCGUACUUUAUCGGAUUACAACAUCCAAAAGGAAUCAACCCUUCACUUGGUAUUGCGUCUCCGUGGUGGUAUGCAAAUCUUCGUUAAGACCUUGACUGGCAAAACUAUCACCUUGGAAGUUGAACCCUCAGACACCAUUGAGAAUGUCAAGGCUAAGAUUCAAGAUAAAGAAGGCAUUCCCCCAGACCAGCAACGUUUGAUCUUCGCCGGUAAGCAGUUGGAGGAUGGUCGCACCCUAUCCGACUACAACAUCCAAAAGGAAUCCACCCUUCAUUUGGUUUUGCGUCUCCGUGGUGGUAUGCAAAUCUUUGUUAAGACCUUGACUGGCAAAACUAUCACCUUGGAAGUGGAGCCUUCCGAUACCAUCGAGAAUGUCAAGGCUAAGAUCCAAGAUAAGGAAGGUAUUCCUCCAGAUCAGCAGCGUUUGAUUUUCGCCGGCAAACAGUUGGAAGAUGGUCGCACUUUAUCUGACUACAACAUCCAAAAGGAAUCAACUCUCCAUUUGGUGCUACGUCUUCGUGGAGGCGCAAACUAAAUUUUUUUUAACAAAAUAUAAAUUUCAAAAUUUUAUAGUAUUCCAAAUGUAUCUCGUUAAUUUAAAUCUAUUUUGUAUUCAAUUUCUUAAUUUUUAAAUAAUUUUUUUUAUUAAUUGAAUUGAAUUAAUUGAAUAUUCCCGUUAUGUUAAAAAAAAAUAAAAUAAAAACAAGAUAUGCAAUAAUUUAAAAAUAA